AUGGGAACUACUAAGAAACAUAAGGACAAGGAUAGAGAGCAUAAAAGAAAACACAAACGCGACAGAUCUCGGUCUAGAGAUAGAGAUCGUUCUGAUAGACACAGACGGCGUGAGAAAAGAAGCAGACGUGAAGGAGAUGAUGACAAUGAUAUUGAAUAUAUUGGAACAACUAAUGCUGAUGAACCAGAAGUUUUAUUUGAGGAACCACCAAGAAAUGUUGUACUAAGAGAACAUCCCAGAGAUGUACAUAGGGACUCUGAUAAAGAUUCCAGUUACAGAGAACAUAGAGAUAUGGGGUACAGAGACAGGCCUGAAUCAGGUAGAGAAGUUUACAGAGAAUACCCUAGAAAUAAUUCAUACAGAGAAGAUUCACACAGAGAAUACUCCAGAGAUCUUGAUUACAGAGACCCUCCACGAGAAGCUCAAAGAGAGUCUAAUUAUAAUGAUGGUGCUGGGCCUAGUGUUGGUACGAGGGAGGGAGGAGCUGUAGAAUCUUUGAGUAUAGAUGAAACAAAUCGGUUAAGAGCCAAAUUAGGUUUAAAGCCAUUAGAUGUUGGUGAUAGCAAGUCAGGUGGAAAAGAAGGUGGCAGUAAAGAUAAUGAAGAUGUGCAUGCCCCAGCUGUUAAUUGGUCAGAACAGAAGAAAACAGAAUCAUUACGAGAAAAAAUGGCAGUUAUGAGAGAAAAAAGAUUGAUUAAUCAGAAACUUGGGAAGGUGAAGACUCUUGGUGAAAGUGAUUCAGAUGAUGAUGGUGUACUUGGGUGGGUUAAAAAAAGUCGUCAAGUACAAAAAGAAAAAGAUUUGGCUGCUAAGAGAGCUAAAUUAUUAGAGGAAAUGGAUGAAGAAUUUGGUAUAGGAAAUCUUGUGGAAGAAGAAUUUAAACCAAAACAGCGAUAUUCAGCUAAAGAUUUAAAAGGACUCAAAGUACAACAUGAUGCCAGUAGAUUUAAAGAAGGAAAAUCUGUCAUAUUAACACUCAAAGAUAAAGGUAUACUAGAUAAAAAAGAUGAAGGUAUACUAGAUAAAGAAGAUGAAGGUAUACUAGAUAAAGAAGAUGAAGGUAUACUAGAUAAAGAAGAUGAAGAUGAUGAAUUGAUCAAUGUUAAUAUGUUAGAUGAUGAAGCUACAGAUAGAAAUCUAGAAAAUAAAAAGAAGAAACCAGAUUAUAAACCUUAUGAUGAACCAGAAUAUGAUGAAUAUGGAAUGCAAUCUUUAACAUUAUCAGCACCACAACUAGCCAAUGAAUAUUAUACUCCAGAUGAAAUGGAAGCCAAAUUUAAGAAAGUUAAAAAGAAAGUACGUAAAAUAAGAAGCAAGGCAUUAAAAGCUGAUGAUUUACUGCCUUUACCAGAAGAUGAAGUAAAUCAUGGUAGAAGAGAUACAGGCUCUAUACCUGGUUUAACAUUAGUUACUGACCCUAUGGAAGUUGGUGAACAGCAAGAAGAUGAUGUCAGUUCAGUUCAGGUUGAUGAUGAUGCAGAAGAAGAACUACAGUCAGUUCUAUCAAAAGCUAGAAAACUCAAGCAUAAAAAAGAUAAGAAUAGACCUAUACCAGAAAAGGUUGCAGAAUUAGUAACCAGAACAGUUGAAGAUGAAAACAGCUCUGACAUGCCAGAUAAUAACAUCAUAUUAAAUUCAACAUCAGAAUUCUGUCGUAACCUAGGUGAAAUACCAACAUAUGGUUUAGCUGGUAACAGAGAGGAAGAUAGAGAAGAAAUCAUGGAUAUGGAAUUAGAAUUAUUAGAACAGAAGAGAAGAGAGGAAGAUGAAGAUAAUCCUAGUGGCUGGAAUGAAGUUGAUAUUGAUGAUCAACCUGCAGAUAUUAUGGGAGAAGAGAAAGCUGUAUUAGAAGAGGAACCAAUAGUUAGUGAGGGUGUUGGUGCUGCUUUACAACUUGCUAUGAAAAAAGGUUAUUUGGAAAAAGAACAAUUGAAAAUGUCUGCAGCAUCCAAGAAAGUUGAUUUAGAAGCAAAGAAUUAUUCCAUUGAAGACAAACGAUAUGAUGAUCUAGAUGAGAAGUUUAGAAAGAGAGAUCGUUAUGCUGGAGGUGUUAUCAGUGAAUUUAAAGAUAAAGAUGGUUAUAAACCAGAUGUUAAAUUAGAAUAUGUAGAUGAUAAAGGAAGAUGUCUAGAUCCUAAGGAAGCUUUUCGACAAUUGUCUCAUCGGUUCCAUGGCAAAGGUUCUGGUAAACGAAAGACUGAGAAAAGAAAUAAGAAAUUGGAGGAAGAACAGUUAAUGAAACAAAUGAGUUCUACAGAUACUCCAUUAAAUACAUUAUCAAUGUUACAAGAUAAACAGAAAACAGAGAAAUCAGCAUUUAUUAUAUUAUCUGGUAAUAAAGGAAUGACAGCUGGACAUUCUAUAAUGAAGUCACAUUGA